UGAAAAGCAAAUAAACAUAUAUCACUUUUUAUCUGCAGAUAAUGAGUGAUCAAGAAGAGGAUGAUUACAUGUCUCUCAAGUUUCUAGAAGAAGCGCAGGAAUUUGAGUCAAAGAGAAAAGAAACCUCUUACUCUGAACGACGUAAGAGACAAUUACGCGAGCAAGAAAAAAAGGGCUACAUUAAGCCUCGCGCUCAACUCGAAGCAGAAGAACGAGAAAAGGGUUUACAACGCUCCAUGGACGAAAGCAAUAAGGGCAUGAAAAUGCUCAUGAAAAUGGGUUUUAAGAAAGGCAUGUCGCUUGGUAGCAAUGGCAUUGUGGAACCUAUAAAAGUAGAUCUCACAACCGGUCGACAUGGUAUUGGUAUGAAAACUGAAAUGAAAAAAAGAGCACGCGAGCUGGAAGAGCGUGAGGAACAAGAAAGGAAGAAAGUGGCUAUGGAUCCUGAAGAAUUUAGAUCGGUCAUGGCACAGCGUGUCAAAGAAGGUCAGCUUGUUCGUUACUUAACUGCUGCUGUUUCUCUUUGCGAAAAAAUAGAUGAAGAAAACAAUGUAAAAUCAAAUAUUUUGUGGCUAUUAAAGCCAAUACAGAAGGAGGAAAAGGAGGAGGAUGAGGUAGACAAAGAGCAAGAGAAACAAGAAGAACCAGUUCAGGAAAAUCAAUAUCCUGAAGAACAAGUGCAAGAACUCAAUUCAUUAACAUUAGACCAAAAAUUACAAAAAGUCAUUGACUACUUACGAGACAAAUACUUUUAUUGCUUCUGGUGCAGCGCUAAAUAUCAAGAUAAAGGAGAUUUGGAUGUAAAUUGUCCUGGAACAGAAGAAGAAGACCAUUAGGCAUGUAUAUAAAGACUUGAUGUGGUUUGAAGAGCAAGCCAAGAUAUAGCUAUCACCCAAAAAGUAAUAAAGCGUUAUCACAUAUAUAUUAUAA